AUGACUGCAGCUGCCAAAGACGAUUGCAGUAAGCAAAGUAAGAAUGUAGCUGUUAUAGGUGCAGGCGUUAGUGGGCUUGCUGCUGCAUACAAGCUGAAAUCAAACGGGGUGAAAGUGACAGUGUUUGAAGCUGAAGGAAGAGCGGGAGGAAAAUUAAGAAGUGUUUCCCAUCAUGGUCUUAUUUGGGAAGAGGGAGCUAAUACCAUGACUGAGAGUGAAGUGGAGGUCAAAAGUUUACUUGAUGAUCUUGGACUUAGAGAGAAGCAACAAUUUCCCAUUGCGCAGAACAAACGGUAUAUUGUGAGGAAUGGGAUGCCAGUACUGGUAUGUCUAUCUUAUGGGUCUUUGUUGCCAACCAAUAAGCUUACUUCCAUUGUUACUUAUACAAAAAGGAACAUACCAACAAAUCCAGUUGCGCUGAUCAAGAGCAACUUUCUAUCUUCACAAUCAAAGCUGCAAAUAAUUUUGGAGCCAUUUUUAUGGAAGAAAAAAGAGGCCUCAAAAGUUUCUGAUAAUGAUAUGCAAGAAAGUGUUGGUGAGUUCUUUCAGCGGCAUUUCGGGAAAGAGGUUGUUGAUUAUCUUAUUGACCCUUUUGUUGCUGGCACAAGUGGUGGAGAUCCUGAAUCUCUUUCUGCACGCCACAAUUUUCCAGACGUGUGGAAUUUAGAGAAGCGGUUUGGUUCUAUCAUAGCUGGGGCGGUUAAAACCAAGCUAUCUGCCAAAAAGGAGAAGAAUGAAGAAAUAAAAGGCUCUUCAGAAAAAAAGAAACGCCAACAUGGUUCGUUUUCUUUUAUUGGUGGAAUGCAGGAUAUAGAUGUUUGGCCAGCUUAUUGUCCAGCACUGCAGGUGAAAGCAUCCCUUGCGAAGAUGUUGUUUUUCAUGCAGAUGCAUGGUGUUACUUUCUUAAGCACAGAUCCCAUCUGUAAUGAGUUUGAGUCCUCCUACCCUUGGUUAGCUACAAGACUAAUUCCCCUUGGUGGUUACCAACUAAUGUCAUCUGGAACUCAUACUAGACCUGUGCUCAACCAAGGGCUGGCCUGUUCUAGUGGGGCCAGUCGAAGCAGUGGAGGAUUAACUGUGGUGGCCAAAAGGAUCUGUAAAUACCCUACACUCACUGAUACUUUGUGCACAAAGCUUGGGAAAGAUGGGCUUAAACUAGAAUCCAAGGUCUUGUCGUUGUCUUACUGUCAUGAUGGGAAGUCACCUUUGGAGAAUUGGUCAGUUUCUUAUGCUUCUAAGGGUGGAAAGCAUGCACAAGCAUCGUCUUAUGAUGCUGUCAUCAUGACGAUCUAUGUAUUGAUUGACCAUUGUAAGAAUACGCUUUGUGUGCCUGCUUUUAUACAUUUUGCUUUUAGGAGUUGGAUGGCAUCUUACCUUGUUUCUCUCUUAAAUGCUUUGGCGUACAUAAACAUAUCCGCUCCAUUGUGCAAUGUUAAAGAAAUGAAUAUUAAUAAAGGCAGAAAUCUCUUCCCAUUGGACUUUCUUCCCCAGAUGAGUUACAUGCCACUAUCAGUCAUAAUUACUACCUUUAAGAAAGAGGAUGUCAAGAGACCUCUAGAAGGAUUUGGAGUUCUUGUUCCUUCUAAGGAGCAACAAAAUGGUUUAAAAACUCUUGGUACACUCUUCUCAUCUAUGAUGUUUCCAGAUCGUGCACCCAAGGACCUCCAUCUCUAUACCACCUUUGUUGGUGGGAGUCGAAACAAGGAACUAGCAAAAGCUUCAACGGAUGAUCUAAAAGCGAUUGUUACUUCUGAUCUUAGACAGCUGUUAGGAGUGGAAGGAGAGCCGAAAUUUGUGAAUCAUUACUACUGGAGUAAACCAUUUCCAACGUAUGGGCGGAACUAUGAUUUAGUGCUAGAAGCAAUUGAGAAAAUGGAGAAAAAUCUUCCUGGAUUUUUCUAUGCAGGUAACCACAAAGGCGGAUUGUCCGUGGGCAAAGCAAUAGCCUCUGGAUGCAAUGCAGCUGAUCUUGUGAUCUCCUAUUUGGAAUCUUCUGCGGAUGACAAGAUGCUGGAAGAAGGGCCACAAUCUUAG